GUUCCAUGUAGACCAGACCCCUCCCAUGAAAUCACCAAAGCGUAGCAUCCAAAUCCAGAUGUGAUGUUUGGACCUGAAUCCAAAUCCGGAUCUGAAUUUCCUCACAGAUCAGGUUACUUUUGUUCUGGGACCCCAUUUUAAUUUGUGGACAGUUGGAGAGACAGAAACACAUGUUUCCUGGAAACAGUCUGCAUGAUGCUGGAUCCUUAAGUAUCAACAGAAAUGACUGAAAUACCACAUAUGCUGCAGUUCCAGCUUGCUGUGGUGCAUUUGGCCCUUGUGAUUACCCUGCUGCAGUGUCACUCUAGUUCAGUGCUCCUUGCGGGGGCAGCAUCAGAGUCUUUGGAGCCUUCUGCUGCUUUGGGCAUGGGAGCACAUCCCAUUGCCAGUGAAGAGAAGCCAGCCACUGACCUGGCAGCCAAACUGCUCCUUCUUGAUGAGCUUGUGUCUCUGGAGAAUGAGGUGACAGAGACCAAGAAGAAAAGAAGUUUCCCAGGAUUUGGUUCCCCAAUCGACAGAAUUUCUUCAACCUCCAUGGAUGCUAAAGGCAAACAGAGGAAAGUGGUUGAGCUGCCUAAGAGACGGUUUGGAGUUCCUCUUGACCGGAUUGGCGUGAGCCGUCUUGGCAACACCAAGGGUUAGCAGUUCCUGCAAGUUCUUCUGUUCUGAAUGAUUGAUGCUGUAUUGGAAACAUUACAGAAAUACAGAAGAUGCGUCACAGCAUGUCUUGUCAUUGACUAAUGAUACAGCACUCAAGGAUUUGACCUCCUGCAAAAUCUGUUUCACGUUGCAUUUUACUAAUGUUGCAUUUACAAAGAAUAACAAAUUCAUCAGGUCAGAAUGCUCUCACAGUUUUGCACGGUGUCACUGAUAGGAGGGAACAGAAAAUAUGUAUAUAGUUUAAUUGCAUGGCAUUUAUUUCUUAAACUUGCAUUAUCCUAGCAAGGACUGUUAGAUUUUUUGGAUUGAAAAUAAAACUUCCAGAGAUGCCAACAGCAGUUCAUGAAAAGCAGACAGUUUGCUUUGCACAUUUCUUGCAAGAGGGUGUUUAUUUGUUAGAUGAAGGAAGGAUUUAACAGUUAUGGGACAAACCUAGAAUUUAUUUGAACUGUUGUUUGGGAGAAGAUGUCUACUGACUUCAUUAGGAAUUGGUCUGAAUAACAAUUGUGACAACA